AUGGCCUGGAAAAAUGAGCACUUGCGGGAACUGCGGGGACCUCUGCACCCACCCAAGGACUCAGUGGAGGAAGACACUGACUAUUUAAAAGAAGAUGUGGAGGAGGAUGAAGACCUAGUGUUUGUUGACGCCGAGGAGCUCUGCAGUGGGGGCGUAAAAGCCGGUUGCCUCCCGGGUCGCCUUCGUGUUUUAAUUUUUGAUGAAAACACUCAAGAGAGAUGUGAAGUAUUUGGACGUUUUCCAUUAAUGGGUCCUUGGUGGCGAGUGAAGGUACAAGUAAAGCCUGUGGGAAAGAGCUAUCAUACUCAGGGAUUUCCUUCUUACUUUUUACAGUCUGAUAUGGCACCACCGAAUCAAACACAUAUCUGUUCCCUUUUUCUUACGGAAUGUAAGGCCCCUAGUGAGUUUGUAACUCAAUUUUUAAAAUGGGUAAAUGAAGAAUCAAGCUACAAAGACCUAAACUUUGAGAAUAUUAGAGAAAUGUUAAGAACUUUCCAAAAGGAGAGUGAAAGGAAAAAUAAAAAAAAAUCAGCAUUCAAUGAACAGGAAGAAACAUUACCGGAUUGGGAGAUCAGUCUUCCACUGGAGAGCACAAUUCCAUUUAAAAAUGUUAUGAGAGCUUUGCAGUGUCCCAAAGUAAUGGAAUUCCUUCCAGUUCUUCUGCCUCGACACUUUAAUCAGCUCAUGAACUCAGAUUCAUUAAUAUUGGAAAAGAUAGAAGAGAUUUUGGGCACACAUCCAUGGAAACUUGGAUUUCAUAAAAUAACCUACGAAGAAUUGAACCUUUUACGAUGUGAGGCAAAUUGGACAGCCUUUUAUCAGUGCAAGCCUCUUCUCCAGUUGAUGACUGAUGUAGAGAAGAAUGCAUUAAUAAUAUAUUCUAAACUGAAGCAGAUAUGUAGAGAACAUGGGCACACUUGCAUUGAAGAAGCUGAAUUAACUUCUGAAUUGUUGAACCAAAUGUCUUUUCACGAAGCUUGGCAGUCACUGAAGUUUUUAAAAGACCUUGAUAUUGUGGUAUGUGAGAAAGGCUGUGUGUUUCCUUAUGACCUUUACCAGGCAGAAAGAGGGAUUGCUGCUUCAAUAUACCACCUGAUGGCAAGACCUCCGUGGCAUCUACAGGUCAAUGUAAAAAAGGUGCUUGCAUCUCUUCAUGCCCCCAAACCUGAGAAUUCAGAAAGUGAUGAUGUAUUGAAUGAAAGUAAACUGGAGGAAACAAGAUUAGAGAAUUCUGUGCACAUUUUGGACAUACAAGACAAUAGUGACCAUAAUGGUGAAAAUGAACUUAAUACAGAAAUAAAUGAAGUUCAACUGGAUCAGGAUCAAGUGACUGCCUUGGAAAUGAUAUGUGCAAAUGCUGUGACUGUCAUAAGUGGGAAAGGUGGUUGUGGAAAGACCACAAUUGUUAGCCGCCUUUUUAAGUAUAUAGAACAACAGGAAGAAAGAGAGGUGAAAAAAGCUUGUGAAGAUUUUGAGCAAGACCAGGAUGGAUCAGAAGAAUGGAUGACAUUUACUGAGCAAAGCCAGCUGGAAGCAGGCAAGGCUAUAGAAGUUUUGCUGACAGCACCUACAGGGAAAGCAGCUGGCUUACUGCGACAGAAAACUGGUCUUCAUGCUUACACGCUGUGUCAGGUCAGUUACAGCUUCUACUUAUGGAAGAAAAAUAAUAUGACAGAGGACAAACCAUGGAAAUUUUCUUCAAUUCGAGUUCUGGUUGUGGAUGAAGGGAGUUUGGUAUCUGUAGGAAUCUUCAGAUCAGUUUUAAAUUUAUUGUGUGAGCACUCCAAACUUUCUAAGCUAAUUAUCCUUGGUGAUAUUAGACAGUUACCCAGCAUUGAGCCUGGCAACUUGCUGAAAGAUCUUUUUGAGACUCUUAAAUCAAGAAAUUGUGCUAUUGAGCUAAAGACAAACCAUCGAGCAGAAUCUCAGCUAAUUGUGGACAAUGCCACAAGAAUCUCAAAACGCCAGUUUCCAAAUUUUGAUGCAGAACUGAAUAUAUGUGAUAAUCCAACACUCCCCAUCGCAAUUCAAGAUAAGACGUUUAUUUUCAUCCGACUUCCGGAAGAGGUUGCUGGUUCUCAGAGUUCUCAGUCAUCUAAAAGAAAUCAUCACUCUUAUUUAUAUUCUGUGGUUGGAACUUUACUCAAAGAAGAGGACCUAAAAGAUGAAAAAAUAUCACAGUUUAUUGCAUUUAGGAGGCAAGACUGUGAUCUAAUCAACCACUGCUGUUCCAAGCACUACGCAGGCCACUUAAUCAAAGACCAUCAGAAUAGACUUGUAUUUGGAGUUGGUGAUAAAAUUUGUUGUACCAGGAAUGCGUAUCUCUCUGAUUUAGUCCUUGAAAGUACUUCUGAAAGUCAGCAGAAUAAUGCACAAGAGGCCAGUGGUGAAGACUUUGGUGGUAUUCCUCAUGAUUCUGCUAAACAUAAAAAUAAGUCUAACUUUGAAAGUGACAUUCGACUAUGCAAUGGAGAAAUAUUUUACAUAACAGGAGAUAACACUGAUGUAACAUUUGGAAAAAAGAGAUCUUUGACCAUUAAUAAUGGUGCUGGCUUGGAAGUAACUGUGGAUUUUGGGAAACUGAUGCAGUUUUGUCGCAUAAAACAUGCAUGGGCAAGAACUAUUCACACAUUCCAGGGCUCCGAGGAGAAAACGGUCGUGUAUGUCGUUGGGAAGGCGGGCCGUCAGCACUGGCAGCACGUAUACACUGCAGUGACCAGGGGCCGCUCUAGAGUGUAUGUCAUUGCAGAAGAGUCUCAGCUCCGGACAGCGAUUAAGAGAGGCAGCAUUCCCAGAAAAACACGUUUAAAACACUUUUUGCAAAAUAAUCUGCUCUUCUUGAGCUGUACAUCUCCAGCAAAGUUUCCGUCCUCGUCAAAAAGCUGUGAAGAAAGUGGAGAAGCUUGCACACAGCCAUCAGCAUUCCCAUUCCCUGCAGGGACUGAGGACACUGGUACAGAUGACAUUACUGAAAGCAGAGCCUCUACACCUGACGGUUGUUUCACUUAUGCUAGAAAAAGUCAAUUUUCUUCAUCCGAUGAAGUGGAUACAGAUGAGAGUCCAUCAAAAGCACAAGGGUUCAAAAGAACCUGUGGUGUGAAUAUUGAUGAAAGUCCAAGCAAAGUUUUUAUGGUGGAAGGAUCAUCUCCGCAAGUAUCUUCCAAACUUCAGAAUUUAAGACUGAAUACUAAAAUCCCCAGGCAACUUUUCAAACUCACAAAUCAUCAAGAAACUUAA